AACCAGCAAUCUUUUCCCAAUUAUUAUGUUCCCAGUUUGCAAGCAUCAUUGAACAAACCUGGGCAUGUUAUUUAGGAUAAGAUAAACAACUCUAUCUUGUGGAUCUGAUGGGCCAGAUGGGAGAAAGGAUGCUUCACAGGAACCUGCUGCAGGCUGCUUGGCUGUGUUGGCUGUUGGCUGUCCAGGUGAACAGCUGCCCAGAUACCUGCAGCAAGUGUUCAGGCCCAGAGAACAACCAGUGUGAGGAAUGCAGAGCGGGAUGGACGCUCCAUAAUUACACCUGUGUAGACGUUGAUGAGUGUGGCACCGAGCUGGGUAUCUGUCCUACAAACAGCUACUGCUUCAAUACGGAUGGAUCAUUUGAUUGUCGAGACUGUUCCCCGGCCUGUGGCUGUAUGGGGAGCGGAGCAGCACGCUGCAGGAAAUGUGCCUCUGGAUUCACACUGACAGGGUCCAAGUGUGUCGAUAUAGAUGAAUGUAGUUACAGGGUACUGGCCUGUCAUGGUCUGGAUGAGAUCUGUACCAACACAGAGGGCUCUUUCCGCUGUGACUGUGCUGAAGGCUAUUUCCAUAAGGACGCUGUCUGUGUGAAGAAGCUGAAUCCUAGUGUUCAAGAGAAAGGUCUGUUUGAGGAUAUCCAGGACGACGAGGUGGAGGUGCUGCAGCAGAUGCUCUUCGGGGUGGUGCUGUGUGCUCUGGCCACACUGGCUGCGAAGGGAGAUUUGGUCUACACAUCUGUAUUCAUGGGAGCAUUGGCUGCCAUGGCAGGGUACUGGCUAUCUGACAGGGGAGACCGUUUAUUAGGCAGCAUCCUAAAGGGACGUUGAAGCUUCAAAGUGUUGCUAAAGGACUUUCAUGAGCAAGACCGUAACAAUCAGCAUUCAGACAAAGCAGAUGAAUCGUGUGCCUUUACUUGUAUAAUAGACAGUAUAAGUUAUUGAUAUGAAGUUAGCUUCGGCAUUUAAACGUCAUUCUGUAAUAUCACAGAGCUGCGAAAAAUCUAUUCUUGAUCUUUUAAAAGCCAGUUUGAUAACGUUUCAUUCAUCUUUUAAAAGCCAGUUUGAUAACGUUUCAUUCAAAGUGCACUUACCAGCUUCGUCUGGAGCUUUUAGACUGUAUUUCACUGUCUUCAGUAGAUUGAGUUUGCUUUGUGGUCACAAAGUCCAAUCAGUGAUGAAGACUGUUGGAUGCUUUUUGAAUCAGUUAAAGCGUCAGGCUUAUUGUCCAAAGAGAAAGAAACGUACUGAGACGAUUGUCCCGUUUUCCUUUACCGAGUUGAAAACGAGCCCUGAUCGUCUCCUGCUUUUCAUGUUUUUUAAGCAGCUAUCUUGUUCUGUUCUUGUUCAUUUGGAGCCACCAAUGCACAAUGUUGUCAUUUGGAGCUUGAUUAAAGAGGAAUAUGCAGUUUGUGUGCAGAACCAAUGUAUUAGAUUUACUUAAUAUACUGCAUCAAUGACACUGCAUUUGCACUCUUUAAAUAUAAAGUUGUAACAUGAACAAUGUAGAUCAAGUAAUAUUUUAGCCAGUUUUCUCAGUGUCUUAAGAAUAUUAAACACAAAUAGUUGUCCUAUGUUAACAUCCAUACCCAGAUUUUCUUUUUCAUCCUUUUGCAGGGUCCUACUGAAUGUGAUAAUCCAGGACUUUUGAUUGUGCAAUUUAAAUGAUGGAUGUAUAAAUAGUUCACUAAGUUAGCUCAAUUGUUGCUAUUAUGAUUAAUCUAUUAUGAAAUUGAAACGGAUAUGAAAUCUGUGCAACAUUUGACUUACUAGUGUGCUUUUUCUUUUACAUACAAGAUUUAACUGAUUUUAAUCGAAAAAUCCCAAACAAAGAGAGAAAGAAAGUCACCUUUAUUUGUUGGAUAUAAACAAGCUGGCCAACACUCAAUAGUAAUAUUCUGAUACAGCACAUACAAUAGCAAACUGGGUCACUGAGGACAGCCUCCUAGGUUUAAAAAACACAACACCACAGAGUAUCCAUGCUUCAUUCAAAACGUUGACUCUUGCUUUUUUUAACUUUAGGGACUUCCUUUAAUAAAGUUUUUUUUAAAUAGAUUUUCUCUGAUGCAUUCAUAGCACGGACACACACAUACCCAUAAACGCAGCUAUACACACACGCACACAUCUCUCUUUUCUGAAUACAUUUACACAAGCAACCGCAAAAACAUGCUGCACUCACAAAACUGCACAGGCUGUCUACUAAGGGGACACAGUAAGUGAGACACACACACAUCACUCUCAAACACAACAUCACACCGUCACAAUGCACGAUGCAGAUGCAAGUAAUGAAUGAGGAAUGAUGCUUCGUGGGAGAUUAGCUCACGUUCACACAAGUAAUCAUUCAGCAUGCUGGACACUCACAAUUAACUUGUUUCUAGGUCUUUACUGUACAGCUCAAAACAUUUACAUAUACAAAUAGUACAGUCUCAAACUGGCAUAUUCGGUAAGCUGAAACAAUAGUACAAAAAAAGCUAACUGAAAUACAAAAAGUAAUAAAAAAGUAAACAAUGUUUGUUCUGUCACAACAAAAAUGGUUCUGGCAUUGGUCACAGUGAUUUGUUUGAUCCAAAGAUUCAGCAACAUAUUCAAAGAAAAACAGCUUGUAUACAACAAUAAAGUGAAAAUAUGUGUUA